UGUCUUUGAUCUCAAUGCUGUCUCCAAUGUAGGCUCCAGACAGGUAUGCGUGGUGCCUUUGGGAAGCCCCAGGGCACAGUGGCCAGGGUUCAUAUUGGCCAGGUCAUCAUGUCCAUCCGCACUAAGCUGCAGAAUAAGGAACAUGUGAUUGAGGCUAUUCGUAGAGUCAAGUUCAAGUUCCCUGGCCGCCAGAAGAUCCACAUCUCAAAGAAAUGGGGCUUUACUAAGUUUAAUGCAGAUGAACUUGAAGACAUGGUUGCUGAGAAGCGACUGAUUCCUGAUGGCUGUGGGGUCAAAUAUAUUCCUAAUCAUGGUCCCCUGGACAAGUGGCGAACCCUACACUCCUGAGGGCUUUCACGGUGCUCUCCUGUACCCUACCAAAUCAUGUUCAGUAAUAAAUCUCACAUCCA